CAGAACAGUCGCAUCCGCCGAAAAGGGCAACCAACAAAGAGCUAUCGCGAAAAAAGGGUUUUUGCAAAGGGUUUUCCCCACUCAAAGAAAGUGUUGGCCAACAGCAGGAAAAAUCGAGGAGUAACUCCGAAAGCUUGAGCUGAAUUCAAAGAUCCGCUUGCACCGUGCGGUUGGAUAAACUUAAUACAAAAGACUUCAGCUGGAAUCUGGCCCCAUAUCGAUUUGUUCCAAAAACUGCAUAGAGAGAGUGCGCUUGUGCUGAAAACGGAAACGGAAAGGGGCGACAAGGAAGCGGAAACGGAAACAGCUGCUGCAUAAACAAGACGGGAAAAAGGGAAAUAGUUUUAUUAAAAGCAUCAUGACGCCAGAACAGCAAGGAUUGCUCCCCUAAGAAAACCCAUACAAGUUCCUCGACGAAGCCCCCAAAGGACCAGUGAAACCAAGGCGAGAAAAAAAAACGAAAACGAAAUAAUCAAGACGACCCCUCAAAGGACUCAGUGCCAAAGGAGCCGGGACGGCGGCAACAGAAGCAAACGAGGCAACAGAAGCCGCAGAGUAACCAAAUUGGGCCAACCGGUGAAGGCCCGCGAUUGUAAGCUCUUCAGGAUUUUAAGGACCCAAAGCAGAGGCAACCCAAUGCAUUUGGGUGCACAACAACAACGCCCCAAGCAACAACAACAACAGCGCGAGCAACAAGAGAAACAUCAAAGACGUUUCACGUUUAGUAAAGGACGCCAAUGUCGUCCCUACAGCGUGACUGGCAUUUACAGGGUUCCCGGGGAUCGGUUUACUGCGCGAGUGAACCGGACCCAGCUGGUGGAGUCCAGUACGAGUCGGGAGGGCGCCUUCUCGACACGAAUCCGGCUGAGGGCUCCGGCGGAGGGGCGGGCGUGGGCGUGGCCGUCGGCGGGGUGGGCGGUGGCCUGGAGUGCGGCUCCUUGUUCUCGGUGGUGUCGGCGCCACCGGCUCCACUGCCCGACAUCGUGGUGCCCGCGGACGUCAAGCACAUGGAGUCGAUGGGCCUGCCCGCCAGCUUCCGCUCCAACUGCUGCUCACCGAACGCCUCGCCAAUGCGACGACCCGCCACGCUCAGCCUGGACACGCCCUGCUGCCCGAGGACCCUGCACGCCAGCCUGCUGGAGCACCAGAUCUCCGAGCUCGAGGAGGACGACAACGAGAACCUGCUGACCGUGUCCAGCAUCACGGCGCGUCCGCUGAUCGCCAAGUCGCACGAGCUGCGCAGCAGCCGGAAAAGUGGUUCCGGUUCGGGAUCCGGUCUGAAUACGGCCAGGAGCAGGUGCGUCCGCCGGGCCAAGGAGCGCGAACGAGACCGAGUGUCCGUCCCGAAGCGCAGCAGGCAGGUGGCCAAGGACCGGGACUCCUCAACGACCACCACGGAGAGCGGUGGUGGCAACGUGGAGCCACCGGACGGCGGCUACGGCUGGUUCAUCGUCUUCGGCGCCUUCUCCGUGCAGUUCUGGGUGGCCGGGCUGGUCAAGUCGUACGGUGUGCUCUACGUGGAGAUAAUGGAAACCUUCCCCAGCUCCACGGCCACGGUGGCCUCCUGGAUUCCGGCCAUCCUGUCGGCCCUCUGUUUGGUCCUGGCUCCGCUGUCGAGUGCGCUGUGCCAGCGAUUCUCCUGCCGGGCGGUCGUCUUCGUCGGCGGCAUCUUCUGCGCCAUGGGCAUGAUACUCAGCUACUUUGCCACCAGUCUGCUGCACCUGCUUUUCACCUUUGGCAUACUCACAGGAAUUGGUGGAGGACUCUCGACCACUCCGGGCAUCGUUAUAGUGUCCCAGUACUUUGACAAGCACCGUGCUCUGGCCAACGGAAUCUGCGUAUCGGGCACCGCGGCCGGGAGCUUCAUCCUGCCCAUGCUGAUCAAGCACCUGGCGGAGAACUGUGGCUUCCACGGGACCCUCCUCAUCCUCGGCGGCUGCAUGCUGCACGUGUGCGUCUCGGCCACCCUGUACCGUCCCAUCAGCGCGUACACGGACCAGGAUCAGGGCCACGGACAGGAGGAGACGGCGAAGCCCCUCAACGAGGACAUCAAUCCGAGCACCACCGGCAUCCUGACCACCUCCACCUAUCUGGACACCUGCGAGGUGGGCGCGGGUCACGAGCUGAGCGACAAGUUCAUCGAACACCUGUUCCUGGAGGAGUCCAAGAACCACCUUAACUACUACGCCAGCAAGCAGCCAGCCCAGGACAAAUCGGCUCAGGAGAGCGAUGAUGAGGUGAAAGACAUUAUAGGCGAGACCACCUUUAUUAAGCCCAUGAAGAAGGUGCGAAGCUCGGGGCUACUGCACUCCGUGGAGGAUCUCAGCACGGAUUCCACGUGGGUGUACCGCAAGCACUCCGGAACAGACUCGAAUCGGGGAAGUCGGCGCAGGCGUAACGUCUUUGCCAACGACGAGGUGAUCUCUAAGAUUCAGGCCCACCUGGAGAAGCCUCUUUCGCCGCCGAGUGUGGUCAGCCGGGGACUAAGCAAAAGCAUGGAGAUCCCCACCCCGGUGAGCAACCUUAGCGACCUGAAGCAGCAGCCGCCUGAGCAGGCCGAGCACGGCAUCCUAGACUCCCAGAUGGUGGAAUCCAUCGAUGGCGACUGCCACGGAGUAGCUGACGAUGACGACGACGAGGACGACGAGGAGCGGGGACCACGCACCUGCUGCGAGCGCAUCGAGAUGUACCUGGACAUCAGCCUGCUACAGGAUCCCAGCUUUAUCCUCAUGUGCCUCUCCGUCACCCUGAUGUCCGUCGGAUGUCCCUACAUGCUGUACUACCUGCCCGCCCACGUCAUUUCAAUAGGUUACAACAAGAGCGAGGCGGGCUACCUGGUGGCCAUCAGCGCUGUGCUGGAUUUAAUUGGACGCUUGGGUCUUGGCUGGCUGAGUGAUCUGCAGCUAUUUGACCGCAAGAAGACCUACACCUUGUGCAUUUUGGGCGCCGGAUGCGCCGUGCUUACGAUUCCUUUUGCCAAGACCUUGGUUUUGGUGGGUCUGUCAGCCGCCGUUUACGGACUGUGCCUGGGCAGCUGGUAUGUCCUGAUGCCCGUGCUCCUGGCAGACGUCUUCGGCACGGAUAGGAUCAGCUCGAGCUACGGACUGGUGCGGAUGUUCCAGAGCAUCGGGGCCAUUUCGGUGCCUCCGCUGGCGGGUCUGAUGCGCGAUCUCUCCGGCGACUACGAGAUAUGCUUCUACUGCAUGGGAUCCUGCAUGGUGCUCGGCUGCACUCCGCUGGUGGUGUGGUCCAUCCUAGAGGCCCGCAACCACCGGCUGUUUGUUCGGCGCGAGGAGGAGGAGGACUGCGAGGAGGCCUAGGAAUAGGUGUAUUGAUAGAUUAGUUGGUUGCCCCAUAAGUUAAUCGUGUUUUAGUAGCGGUCAAAUACUAGUUGAGUUCCUGAGUUUCAGAGUUCGAAUGCCUCACCGAUAUUGCUGAUUCUACCAGUUACUAUUAAUACUAUCCGAAACGUUCUCGUCAUUAUCCUAUGCAACCCAUGCCCACUCGCACUCUGUCGCUUGUUAUCCUUCGGUUGAGCAACAGCAAAAGGAUGUGUGAGAGGAGAUUCAAACGAAAAACCAAAAUCGAAAAACGAAAAAUACCAACCAACAACUGAGCACCAAAAGUUGCGCAAAAAGAACUGAGUUAAAAAGACAUGAACUACAAAUACCCGUAUAUAACUUUAUAAUAUGAUAGUUACGAUCAUGCUCUGCCCCAUGGGACUUGCAUGGCAUAUUUCCAUGCCCGAUUAGAUGGUUAUAUAGGCCGACUAUAGUUCUAGGUUCGCACGCCCAUAUCAGAACGUACCCAAUGUGCUGCAGGAAAAACAGAGAGGCUAUCAGCAGAUCGGAGGCUUGACUUCAGAACAUCGCAUGACAUUAACCUAGACUUAAAAUAGUUGUUGUGAGAUAUUUACCCAAAAGAGAACUACCAAAUAAACACCAAAUCAAAAGUA